CACCAACAUGCCACACGCACACAUUGGUAAAGACAGACAUACGGUGACAACUAAGCUCGCCCUGUUGCAAGACCUGCCAUCUUAGUCUCUAACCUCCCCAAGUGCGACUUUGGACUAAGAUUUUAUAUUAUGGUAUAUAUGUUAUAGUGUGAAUACAAGUGUAAACAGCUAUGAACGACAAUAGACGAUUGCUUCGAUUUAUCAACAGCACCGACAACAUCUCUCUUUUCUACGGAAAUGUCUCCUAUUCGACGCCUUGCUUCGAUCGCUCUUUCUACAGGAAUUUCCGUACGGCUAUGCUGUGGUCGGAUAUUGUCACAGACGUCCUUGGCACUGUUCUGAACCUCUGGCUGCUCCUAGCCAUUUUGACAUCUGCGGAGCUACGUCUACGCCUGCGUAACAGACUACUCUCCAGUGUUUGUAUUCAAAACCUCUUCGAAUGCCUGGUCUAUCUGCCAUUCUCGCUGUACAUGUACACUGUAGCCAGAAACGAGGCUUGGACGUGUCCUGAGACCAUGGCCAUGAACUUGAUAUUCUACAUUAAUGAGUUUGUCUCCAAUUGGAAUCUCGUUCUUAUUCUCGCGUUGGCUGUGGUCACGCUCCUUGGCGCGGAUCUCUUUCUCACAAGGUUAAGUCGUUGGCUUUCAAUCGCCGUAACUUUUGGUGUUUUGCUUAUGCCUUGGGUUCUUUCGGUCCUCGUAGUCCCGCCCACGAUCUUCACUCAUACUCAACAAAUUCUGUUAACCAGGGCCAGCAAAAACGAAACCGUCUGUUGGACGAGAAUGUUCGACGUCAGAAAAAUUCUUUACGUUUUGAAUAUCGGCGUGCCCGCCAUCUUGAUUGCAAUUUGUCUGGCGGCGACCGUCUUCCUGAGCUGGAAAAAGAAAGUUCGAGAGAGAACCGGCGUAGGGGAAAUGGCGCGCCAGCUGAUCGGCGGAAGUAAUGAAGCUGAGGGUGUCCUGCCGUACGUAGCUAUGACUGUUAUCAUCUACGCCUGCGACUUUGGGUUGGUCCUGAACAUAAUCAGAUCCAGCUACUACAAGGACUGUGUAACAGUUACGUUGAAAGCUGCUGUGAACAUUCUGGAAGGCUUCAAAGUUUUGCUGCUGCCUAUGACAUUCCUACUGUUUCCGGAAAUACGAUAUCGAGUCAAAAAGACGCUAGAGCUGCUCCGACCUGCGCACCGCACUUCCGGCCUGAGUAUUAGCUACGUCAGAGAAGGCUAGAGCAGUGUUUCCCAAACCUUUUCCUAAACGGAACACUUCGCACAUUCUGAGUAUUUAGCGGAACACUUUGUCUAUAUUUUAGAGAGAUCAAUUCACGUGGUGGCCUACUAUUCCAGUAGUUCGUGGAACAGCUAUUCAGGUAACACUGGGCUAGAGAGAGGAUCACGACAUGAAAUCCUGUUCUUGUUGUUGUUUAGCACUUAUUUUUGUAAACCCAUUUACUCUCCACCAGAGGCUACCACAAAUGUUUUUACUCAAAGAAGAACAAAUGCUGCUUGUGAAGUGUCUGCUGUUUAAAUAUGUACAUAGAUGUAAUUUUAAAAAAUAUAUACAUACCAAAUCA